CUUUGAGCUUCUGCAGAAGACCAAAGAUAGGUGCCACCAUGGUAAAGUUUCUGCUGCUGGCUUUGGCAUUUGGACUGGCCCAUGCUCAAGUUAAGAUUGACGGAAAUUGGGUAACACUUGCCAUCGCUGCUAACAAUGUUGACAAGGUAGUACUAGAAGGACCUCUGAGAGUCUACGUUCGUGAAAUUACUUGUAAUGAGGAAUGCAGUGAAAUGGAAAUCACAUUUUAUGUCAAUUUGAAUGGCCAAUGCUCAAAGACCAAAGUCACUGGGUAUAAGCAAGCAGAUGGCUCUUACAGAACCCAAUAUGAAGGUGACAACAAAUUUGAACUUACGUAUUUAACAGCAACGCAUGCAGUCUUUAAGAGUAAGAAUGUGGAUAGAGCCGGCACAGAAACAAACUUGAUUUUUAUUCUUGGAAAAGGUGAGCCUUUGACUGAAGAAGCACAUAGAAAAGUUGAGGCUUAUGUUGAGAAACACAACAUUCCAUCAGAAAACCUUCAAGAUGUUCUGGCUACAGAUACUUGUCCCAUGUAA